AUGAAUCCAACUACCGAUGCGCCGGAGCCCGCUGUCAAAAGAGACGCCCCAGUAACUGCUUACGCUCCAGAGGAUAUUUUCCAGAGAUUUAUCCUCUGCAAAGGGAAAGAUGCAUUCAACGCACUCCAGAAGGCUGUUGUCAUGGUUGUGGGUGUAGGUGCUGUUGGAGGGUUCGCAGCGGAAAUGCUUGCCAGGUGUGGAGUAGGGACUAUUAUACUUGUCGAUAAGGAUGUUGUUGAGGUAUCUAACAUUAAUCGCCAAAUAGUAGCUACAACACAGACCAUUGGUGAGUACAAGGUGGACAUUAUGAAGGAACGGAUAGAGCGCAUCAACCCAUAUUGCAAUGUCACCGUCUACCGUGAAAAGAUUGGCGGAGAGGAGAUGAAGGUGUAUGCUGCCCAGCAUAAGCCCGACAUUGUUAUAGACGCCAUAGACUUGUUCAUACAAAAGUGUGAGAUCAUAGCCUAUUGUCUCACAAACAACGUUCCCAUCGUGUCCUCAAUGGGCGCUGCAAGGAAAAGAGAUCCCGGCCAAAUAAGACUCGAUUUAGUUUGGAAUACGACUGUGUGUCCACUUGCCAGGAAAGUGCGGAACAAGUUGUUUGAUAUGAACAUUAGGUCUGGUAGUGUUGUGUGUGUAUACACGACGGAGACACCCGUCGAACACCCAAAGGAUAGUGAAGGGUAUAAACUAAGCCUGCCAUCGUUUUCCAUCAUAACCACAAUGUUCGGUGUCUGGGCCGCAUAUGCCGCUAUCAGCUACCUGAUCUCAAAGGAAUUUCCCAUUAAGCAGUGA